CAUGUUUAGAACGUACAUCUAUGUCAGAGAUACGUCACACACAGCCACUACUGAAAACAUCGGGAAGGAGAAUCAGAGAAGAAGCACGAAUCAGGAAUUCGCCGGAGGAAGAAAAACAAACUGCUUGGAAUAACUGUAGUUCGAGUAUGGGUGCUGGUGAUGAAUGGAGGAUAUAAAGUUCAUGCACGAAGCUUUUCAAAACACGAUGAUAAAGCAGCUUAAAUACUGGUGGAAAGUUUUUCGCACAGAAGACUCGAAAGGUGUAAUAGCUGGAUUAGCAGCCCACUCAGGACAAAUUUCAGUGGGACUUUCACAAGGAUUCAGUGCAGUUUUAAUCCCCAAACUUUUAGAAACAAAUUUUGCGACAGUUUCAGAAUGUUCGUGGAUUGCAUCUUUAGGAGUAAUUUCAAAUCCCCUGGGAGCUUUAGUUGCAGGGGUAAUGGCUGAAUUUUAUGGAAGAAGAUCAGCAAUUGUUCUUGCAACUUUACCACAUAUUGCUGGCUGGCUUGUAAUAGCUUUUUCUACUAGCGUCCCUCAUCUUUAUACUGGAAGAUUCAUUAGUGGAAUUGGAACUGGAAUGGCCAAUGGGCUUUACCUUUAUGUCAGUGAGGCGACUCCAAGUGCAGAAAGGGCCAUUCCAAGUCCACUGGCACAAGCCAAAGUUUUUCUGCCAAAACUUGUUGCUAAAGCUGCUCCAAGAAUUGAAGCUAAUAAUCUGACAGCUCCUAUUCCAACACUUCCGAGAUAUUCAUCAAUGCUGACGCCAAUAUCUUCCAGCACAGUGACAGCACAUUUUUUUGAGAGUGGUCUCGUUUUGUAUUUGCUGCUGAUAAUUCCUGAUGCUCGGUUUCAGUCGACAAACCUGGUCCUCGCAGCCAGAGGAGAGAUUCUUUUGCUUCAUUUAUUCGACCUCUGCCUGCUAGCCAUGCUGGAGUUUCCGGCAGUAGCCUGUGUUAUGGAAAACUUCAACAUUUAUGAGCAGCAGUUAGUAUUUUCCCUGCCAUCUUUAAUUCCACUGACCUGUGUCGCUAGUCAUGUGGGUUUUUCGAUGAUCGGGUAUCUCACUUUGCCCUGGGUCAUGACAUCUGAACUUUACCCUCUGAAACUUAGGGGAGUUUUUGGAGGUUUGACGACCAGCAUUGCUCAACUUUUGACUUUUGCUGCUGUAAAAACAUAUCCUGACAUGAGUCAUGUUUUGGGACUCGAAGCUACGAUGUGGACCUUCAGUGUUGCUGGCUUAUUGGGUGCUGUCUUUGCGGUGACAACGCUCCCAGAAACGCGAGGUCGUAGCCUAGAGCAAAUAGAAACAGGAUUUUCGAUCGAGUCCUCCUCGAAAUCGAAAUCGGCAAUUCUCACUGAAUCCAACAACGUGACUUUGAAGAAUUAUACGAUCAAAUCAGAAGACAAGUAUUCUAAUAUAAUCGCCAAUGUCUACGCCUACGAUAAUUUAUGUCUCAAUUUGACCCUCGACGAUAAUGAAAAAAAUCACCGAUCCGGAAAUAAUUUUGGAAAUGAUCCAAGAUACGAAAUUAGUUGCAUUGCUGUCGAGAAAAUUUAUCUAUAAAUUGAAAAUUCGCCUUUAUAAAGCAAAUCAAAACUUGGAAGAUUAAAAUUUUUUAUUUUCCGACCCUUUCCAGAGUCACAAAAUAUUUUUAGGCAAAAAAAAACAAUUUUUUUAAAGAAAGCAAUGGACAUUUUAUUUAUAAAUAUCUUUUGCUUGAUGAGGGAUAAUUAUUUGCAC